AUGGUCAGCGCGAAAAAGCUUGCCAAUAUGGCAAGAAAGUGGCAGAAGAUGGCGGCUGGUAAGCGUAAGAGGAUAUCGUACAAAAGAGACGGCGUGGACUUGUAUUCUUCAGAGGCAAACGAGGGCCAUUUCGUGGUUUACAGCAUAGAUCAUAAGCGAUUUGUGCUUCCCCUCAAGUAUCUCAAAAGCAGCGUCUUCAAGGAGCUGCUCAAGAUGUCUGAGGAAGAGUUUGGACUGCCUUCCAACGGACCUCUUGUGCUGCCUUGUGAAAGCGUCGUCUUGGAGUAUGUAAUCUCGUUGGUCAAAGAAAGAGUCCCGGAACAUGUAGAGAAGGUCUUAAUCGCUUCAAUGGCUACAUGUCACGGCCUUGCGUCGUCUUCUCUUGCUCCCGCACAACCCCACCACCAACCCAUAAUCCGUGGCUAUUAG